AUGUCAUCUGAGAAAGCCUCCCAAGAACCUGCAGAUUCACUCCUUACUAAAGAUCCAGUUCAAAUCCAACAUCACUCAGAUCAUCAUCAAUCUCAACCAGUCAGCCAAUCAAACAAUCACUCCCUACCAAUCCCCCAACCUCUCUCAGCCUCAUCCUCAUCAUUUCCCAAUUCCAACGACCACCAGGUCCAACCCACAACCUCACAGUCAAACACUCAUGUCAAUCCAAUCACCGGUCUCAUUCGCAAACAGACUUGGGUCUCACUACUCACCCCUGAGAAGAAGCUAUCCGAAUCAAAUCCAACCUACAAACAAUCUCUCAACGCUAUCAUCAGAUCAUCCUGGCUCAACGUACUCCUGAUUUUCAUUCCAAUCUCAUGGAUCCUUCAUUUCGUCACACCCAAUCAGGAUGCUGCCAUCUUCACCACCUGUAUGCUGGCUAUCAUUCCCCUGGCCAAAUUACUUGGCUUUGGAACUGAAGAGAUUGCCAUGAGGGUUGGUCAAACCCUCGGUGGACUGCUUAAUGCAACUCUGGGAAACGCGGUCGAAUUAAUCGUCGCAAUCCUUGCUUUGGUUAAAUGUGAACUGGUGGUCGUACAGUCGUCACUAUUGGGUUCCAUCCUGAGUAAUCUGCUAUUGGUCUUGGGGAUGUGCUUCUUCGCAGGAGGCGUACGAUUUUCCGAACAAGCAUUUUCCAUCACCGCCGCUCAACUUAAUUCAUCUCUCUUGAUAAUGAGUGUCAUUGCUAUACUGAUCCCUGCAGGAUUUCACGCGGCAUUCUCUAAUUUGAGUGACAGCGUAGAAGGACCAGACGUAUUGAAAAUGAGUCGGGGGAUUGCUGUAAUCCUCUUGAUCAUCUAUGCUGCUUAUCUCGUUUUCCAACUCUGGUCCCACGCUCAUCUCUACACUCAAACUUCAACUUCAGCCAAUGAACACGAAGGUCAUACAACCUGGAGAGGCCACAAGAUCCUCCGACCAUCCAAUUCUGUUCGCGCUCAACAACAUCCUACAAUCAUCCAGAACUCCGCCGAUGGGAGUAGUCACCCAGAGCCAAUGGAAGAGGAGGAUGAGGAAGAAGUACCGUCUCUCAAUGCAGUAUCGGCCAUCAUCCUCUUGGGACUUUCCACGGCUCUAGUCGGUGUUACAUCAGAAUGGCUUGUUGAUAGUAUCAAUGGCAUCACUCGGACCGGCGUGAUAUCCGAAGCUUGGGUUGGAUUGAUCCUGUUACCCAUCGUUGGCAAUGCCGCCGAACAUCUUACCGCUGUUUCAGUCUCAGUAAAAGACAAACUUGAUCUAUCCAUGGCUGUUGCUGUCGGUUCUUCCAUCCAAAUCGCCCUUUUCGUUGUCCCACUUCUCGUUAUCCUUGGCUGGAUCAUGGACAAACCAUUGACUUUGCUUUUCGAUCCAUUUGUAUUGAUUGUCAAGUAA